GUGAGAGGUUUUGGUUGUGGAGCGGCAGCUCCUCUCAUACUCGUACGACACGGCGCAGCGAAGGAGAUAGGCAGAAGGAGGAUGUAACAGGCCCGGCGCAAUGCUUUAGAAUGCGCCAUUUACCGAAUUCCUGCAGCGACAGUGUUUACAGCGCCAGACGAUGCCAGGGUUUGUGUUCGUGAUCGUUGUCCCGACGUGACCGACAGAUGCUGUGGUGCGUUUGUUGGGCACAGCAAACUAUCUUUCUGCGAAUAAAAAUAAACAGACUCGCGGCACUUCUCUGAAAGACGAUCUGUGCAAGCGGAAGCUAUGGCAGCGCAAAACGACUGCUGUGUCAAGGUCUCCCUAAGGAUCCGGCCGCAGAUGGCAAAGGAGAAGAUCGAGGGCUGCCACAUCUGCACAUCAGUGACCCCCGGGGAGCCCCAGGUGCUUCUGGGGAAAGACAAGGCGUUCACGUACGAUUUUGUGUUCGACAUAGACACCGAACAGCAGCAGAUCUACAACGCUUGCGUGCACAGGCUCAUUGAGGGCUGCUUCGAGGGUUACAAUGCUACAGUCUUUGCCUAUGGGCAGACCGGCUCGGGGAAGACGUACACCAUGGGCACGGGCUUUGAUGUGAACGUGGGCGCCGACGAGCAGGGUAUCAUCCCGCGCGCCGUCCGCCAGCUCUUCCAGGGCGUCCAGCAGCGCCAGCGGGAGGCGCAGGAGGCCGGCGUGGCCCCGCCAGAGUUCAAAGUCAGCGCCCAGUUCCUGGAGCUCUAUAACGAGGAGAUCCUGGACCUAUUUGACAGCGCGCGUGACCCCGAAGCCCGCGGCAGGAAGUCCAACAUAAAGAUCCAUGAAGACAGCAGUGGAGGAAUCUGCACAUCAGGCGUGACAUCUCGCCUCGUCGCCUCGGAGGAAGAGCUGUUGCAGUGUCUGAAGCUGGGUGCUCUGUCCCGCACCACGGCCAGCACGCAGAUGAACGCCCAGAGCUCUCGCUCCCACGCCAUCUUCACCGUGCACCUGUGCCAGAUGAGGGUGUGCACCCAGCCGCAGCCGGCAAGCAGGACGGUGAAUGGGGGCGGAGACAGAGACCGGAGCGGGGCCGCGGACGGCUCCGUCGCCCAGCCCGAGUACGAGACCCUCACGGCCAAGUUCCACUUCGUGGACCUCGCCGGAUCGGAGAGGCUGAAGCGCACGGGUGCCACAGGGGAGCGCGCACGCGAGGGCAUCUCCAUCAACUGCGGCCUGCUGGCUCUGGGGAAUGUGAUCAGUGCACUGGGAGAUCAGAGUAAGAAAGCUGGCCAUGUGCCGUACAGAGACUCCAAACUUACUCGCCUUCUACAGGACUCACUGGGGGGAAACAGUCGGACGGUCAUGAUCGCCUGCGUCAGCCCCUCGGACCGCGACUUCAUGGAGACGCUGAACACUCUGAAGUACGCCAACCGUGCCCGCAACAUCAAGAACAAGGUGGUGGUGAACCAGGACAAGACCAGCCAGCAGAUCAGCGCCCUGCGCGCUGAGAUCGCCCGCCUGCAGAUGGAGCUCGUGGAGUACAAAGCGGGGAAGCGCGUAGCUAGCGAGGACGGCUCGGAGGGCUUCAGUGACCUGUUCCAGGAGAACACCAUGCUACAGAGGGAGAAUGACACCCUGCGCAUGCGUGUGAAGGCCAUGCAGGAGACCAUCGACCACCUCAACACCAGAGUUACGCAGCUCCUCACCAACGAGAUCAACCUGCUUCUCACCAAGACAGGGGAGACAAACGAAGAGAUUGGUAAUCUGAUCCAAAACUACAUCAGAGAGAUUGAAGAACUCAGGUCUAAGCUUUUGGAGAGCGAGGCCAUGAACGAGUCUUUGAGACGCAGCCUGUCCCGCCUCUCCACCCGCUCUGCUUACCCCGCCGCCUCCCACGCGGCGCUUCCCGGACACUCCCUGGGUUCCUCCCCCUCGGUCUCCAUGGAGACCGAGAUCACGGACGUGAUUCGUCGAGCCAAGCUGGACAUCGAAAGGCUGAAGAAGAAGGAGAGAAACCAGAGAAGGAAGAGCCCGGAGAAGGAGAAGGGUCUGAAGAAGAGAGCCAAGCUCCACGCCACCGAGAACGGGCAGAACGGCGCCGGCGGCGAGGCCACUAUGGCCAGAGAGAACAGAGACGACGACUCCGACAACGAACCCGAGGAAGAUUCCAUGUACCCUCUCCCUGAGGAGGAAAGUGGCUGUGAUGAAGACGAAGAGGACGAAGAAGAGGAGAUCAGGGAGGAAGAAGAGUUUGAGAGCGACGAGAGCCUGGUGGAUUCAGACUCGGACUCGGACGAAAAAGCCAACUUGCAGGCGGACCUCGCAGACCUGACGUGUGAGAUCGAGAUCAAGCAGAGGUUGAUCGACGAGCUGGAGAGCAGCCAGCGGCGCCUGCUGACGCUCAAGCUCCAGUACGAGGAGAAGCUCGUCCUUCUGCAGAACAAGAUCCGCCACACCCAGCUGGAGCGAGACCGCGUUCUGCAGAACCUCAUGUCCAUGGAGAACUACACGGAGGAGAAGGCCAGCAGGAUCAAGGCCGAGUACGAGAAACGUCUGAAGGAGAUGAACAGGGAUCUGGCGAAGCUUCAGGCUGCGCAGAAGGAGCACGCUCGGCUGCUGAAGAACCAGGGCCGCUACGAGCGCGAGCUGAAGAAACUGCAGGCCGAGGUGACGGAGAUGAAGAAAGCCAAGGUUGCGCUAAUGAAGCAGAUGAAGGAGGAGCAGCAGAGGAGGAGGAUGAUUGAGGCCAAGAGAAACCGAGAGAUCGCACAGCUCAAGAAGGAACAGCGUCGGCAAGAGUAUCAGAUCCGCGCGCUGGAGUCGCAGAAGCGGCAGCAGGAGCUGGUUCUGCGCAGGAAGACCCAGGAGGUGACCGCGCUGCGCCGCCUCACCAAGCCCAUGUCGGAACGCGUGGCGGGCCGCCUGGUCCGCCGCGUGCCCAGCCUGGACUCCGGUGCCGAGCUGUCGGCCGGCACCACCACCAGCACGGCCUCGUCCGAGCCCGAGACCACGCGCACGGUCGCGGGCAUUGUGCGCCAGUGGAACGCCAAGCUGAACGGCUACCUGGGAGAGAGCGAGGGAUCGGGUGGAGGACCCCAUCUGGCCAGUAGCAGGAAGAAGUUCCAGAGGAAGGGGGGGAGCAGCACUUCCUCCAAGACGGCGCGGCAGAAGUGGCAGGCCCUGGAGAGGAGGGUGCUGGACAUAGUGAUGCAGAGAAUGACCAUCUCCAACGUGGAGGCUGACAUGGACCGUCUCAUAAAGAAACGAGAGGAGCUGUCCGUGCAGCAGGAGGCGCUGUUGCGCAAGCGCGAGAAGCUCCUGAGUGAGGGGCCCCGGGAAGAGGAUGACCGGGUCGUCCAGGAGUUGAAUGAAGAAAUCGAGGUCCUCAACGCCAACAUCGAUUACAUCAACGACAGCCUGUCGGACUGCCAGGCCACCAUCGUACAGAUCGAGGAGUCCAAAGAUGAGCUAGACUCCGUGGACACCUCGGUGGUCAUCAGCUCCUGCUCUCUGGCUGAAGCUCGACACCUUCUGGACCACUUCCUGAAGGCUUCCAUAGAUAAGAACUUACAAGUAGCUCAGAAGGAGGCCCAGAUUAGGCUGUUGGAGGGUCAGCUGCGUCAGACGGACGUGAUUGGCUCAUCCCAGAAUCACAUGAUCCUGGACGCGCUGAGGGAGAAGGCCGAGUGUAUCCCAGAGCUGCAGGCUCUCAUUCACAACGUACAGCAGGAGAACGGCUACGCCAGUACAGAUGAGGAGGUGUCAGAGUUCAGUCAGACAUCGGAGCCCAGUUACUCCAACAUGAAAUCGUCGGCCAGUCAAGAUGACUUCAAGCUCAAGGCCGAGCCUCGCAUCUCUGGCCAGAUGAAGGCCAUUUCAGCCGAACACUUGGGCCCCGUCCUGGACUACGCCACUAAGAACAUCACCAAGUCCCUGGCCUCCCUGUCCGAGAUCCAGGAAAAUGGCCUGGGUCUGGCCCUGCGUGAAGCCUACUACCGAGAAGGCACGUCACGCGCCCUUAGCCUGCCUGUCCGAGGACACACGUUUCCCAGGCAGUCCAGAGGCUCAGAGGUGUCCCCGUUGACCAGGAGACCAUCUUAUGACCGAAGCCAAUCAUACAGGCCUCCUGAGGUGAUGUACACGCCUCCCUCCUCCCCUCCCCUCCGAGCACGCAAUGACCGCAACGUUUUCUCACGCCUGACCAGUAAUCAGAGCCAAGGGUCUGCGCUGGACAAGUCUGAUGACAGCGACUCCUCACUCUCGGAGGUCCUCAGGGGAGUGAUAAGCCCUAUGGCAGCGUUGAAGGGGGGGAGAACUGCACCUCUACAGUGUAUAGCAGUGGCAGAGGGACACUCUAAACCUGUACUGUGCCUCGACGCCACCGAUGAACUGCUCUUCACCGGAUCCAAAGACCGCACCUGUAAGAUGUGGAACUUGGUCACGGGUCAAGAGAUCGUGACGCUGAGGGGACACCCCAACAACGUGGUGUCCGUGAAGUACUGCAGCAGCUCCAGCCUGGUCUUCAGCGUCUCCACCUCCUACGUCAAAGUGUGGGACAUCCGCGAUUCGGCCAAGUGCGUGCGCACCUUCACCUCCUCGGGCCAGGUGGUGUCGGGCGACGCAUGUGCAGGCACCACCACCCGCACCAUCAGUAUGGCGCAGGGUGAGUACCAGAUCAACCAGAUCGCGCUGAACCCGUCUGGCUCCGUGCUCUACGCUGCAGCAGGCAACACAGUCAGGACCUGGGACCUGAACAGGAUGCAGGCCACUGGUAAACUGACGGGGCACAUUGGCUCAGUUAUGUGCUUGACAGUGGGUUACUCUGCUGGAGGCAAAGACCAGGUCAUCACUGGCUCUAAAGACCACUACGUGAAGGUGUUCGAUGUCGCAGAGGGUGCGCAGGGCAACGUUGGCCCCGCCCACAACUUCGAGCCGCCCCACUACGAUGGCAUCGAGUGCCUGGCCAUCCACGGCGACGUGCUCUUCAGUGGUUCCCGUGACAACGGCAUUAAGAAGUGGGACCUGGAGCAGCAGGAACUGAUCCAGCAAAUCCCGAACGCCCACAAGGAUUGGGUGUGCGCCCUGGCGUGCCUGCCGGGAAGACCGACGCUGCUGAGUGCCUGCCGCGGGGGCUCGCUGAAGGUGUGGAACGUGGACAACUUCACCCCCAUCGGUGAGAUCAAGGGUCACGACAGCCCCAUCAACGCCAUCUGCACCAACUCCAAGCAGAUCUUCACCGCGUCCAGCGACUGUCGGGUGAAGUUGUGGAGCUAUGUCCCGGGGCUCACGCCCUGUCUGCCUCGCCGGGUCCUGGCCAUCAAGGGCCGGGCCACCACCCUCCCCUGAGACGACACUCGCGCGCCCUGCCUCUCGCGUGCCCCGCCUCUCGCGCGCUCGGUGACAGGACGGCGAAGAUCUGGAACCUUCGGAUGGCGAAGAAAAGGUGAUGAGCGGAGAGCAGCGCCGUAGGCCACCCGUGCCCCCUCACCGCGGCCUGCCGCCUCGCCGUCCGAGGUCAGAGGUCGCGCUCUGCUACCGCGGACACACGAGCCUGCGUAGCAUGGCGGAGGUGCAAUCAAGGGACGUUCCUAAGAAGAUGAAGGCAAUACCGAAUCCAAGGUGGCAUUUUUAAAAAAAAACCCACCCUUUGUUUUUCUUCUUUUUUGUGCCAUGUUGGUAUUUUUGACUCCAAAUGUUGCGAUGCUUCUUACGGCAAGCCCUUAUGGAAAGCGCCCUUCUGUGCCUAUUUAUUUUGAAGGUUAAACAAAAAAACCGUCCUCCUCACAUCAGUAGAUGUAGCUGCUGAUUUUACUUUUUUUUUGGGAUAUUUAUUAUUUCAAGGAUGAAAAACAGUCUGAGAGAGGCCUUGGGAAGCCACUUCUGAGCCAAGCGGUGGGGGAAAGCACUUUUAUUUUUUAACCCCCCAGAGAGCCAUAUGUUUGUGGUCUUUGGUUAACUGUAUAGAAACAGCACGAUAGGGAGUCAGUAUCCAGAACAUUCUGGAAGCGGGAAGAGAAAAGUUUUUCUCUUUUGCCAUCUGGUGCCAUCAGUGUGUGGGUCCAAAUGCAGUUCUGGAGCCGGUACUGUGCAGUAGUACUCGCACACUCAUUCAACCGCCACCCUCCUAUGAGUGCAUUUCAAACUUGUUGUGAACUUUCUGAGGUUUGGAGUCCUAGAGUCCCCGCCCCCACCGUCGAUAUCUCGAACCAUUUGACAAAACGUCCGGGUUCCUUUGCAUUCAAAGAACAUUCUCUCUUGUGGUUUCAAUGACCUUAUAUGUCCUCUACCUCAGGCUUGGGCGAUUCUGUUGGGUCUGUUUUCGGGGCUGCGGUUUGUGUAAUUUUCCCCCGUCUUGCUACUGCUCGUCUGGGUCUGCAGUAUUCCCCGACCUCCAGGGGUGUCCGCGUGGUGCCGGGCAGGCGCUUUGAUGACCAGGCUCUUCUCUCUGACCUCCAGGGCUCCAUAGCACUCCUCAAAGGGUGCGGUACUUAAGCAGGGAGGGUGAGACUCCAGAGCGUGCAGAGGGCUCGAGGGAGGCGGGGCCAUCUGGGAGUGGGCGUUAGGUCAUUUCCUGUCCACCUCCGCUAUGAGGGGGAGUUCCUUUGUGACUGACCUACAAACAAAACAUUGAACACGGCAGGCUGUUGAACCGUGCUGUGGUCUCAAGGUAAAAACUGCAAAAAAUCUGUCCCUGAUUAUCCAGUCAAACAGUGAGUUUAGAAAUUCGUCCAUUGUUAUUGAUGAAACCCAUAUUUGUGCACACAAAAAUCUAACACAUCAAGUAGCCUGCCCUACACAACAUAGCGUGCUAACAGCAAAUGGGUAAUGAACAUUUUGUUGGGUCAACACAGUUCAAAUGAUUGUUAAUAAAUUGCUGCUUCUUUUGUGUCACCACGUUGUCUCAGUGUUGGAGGAUGGCAUGUAACACCCAACGGUGCCAGUCAUGAACUAAUCUGUUAAAAGAAAGGAAAAAUAUAGUGGGCUAAUUAAACAAACAAAAAAACAGCUUGUUCCGCACUUGUGAUGACAUCUCGGUGAGAACUAAGAUGAAGUGUAAAAAAUCCCUACAAAAUAUUGAUGUUCUGCAGGACUUUAUGAGUAUCUGCCAAGAACCCAGAAACCUCCUCCCUGAAAAUGGCUGAAAUAUGAAACAACAGGAACCGAGUCUUCGGCAGGACAUCAGAUGGUUUGUUCGAUCCUUUGGCCACCCCACCAUCCAAGUACUGGGUGGCAUUUAAAUGCGACUUCAUCCGGAAUGAUCUCAUUGGAUCCUUCCCAGUUCCUGAUGCCUCUCCUACCUUUACCAGCUCCCUUUUGUUAACAGUCAGUAAUGCACAGUGAAUUGGCGUUGGGGAGUAAGUCGGGAUGGGGGCGGCUUUCGCGGGCAUAGCCUCCUCGCCCCCGUGGGAAACGAGCAGGGAUCUCACGCCGUGUUAAACAAAAGCGAAGGUAGCCCGGCUCCCACAGGAGCAGGCAGCUUGGCUGACAGGCGCACGUGGGCGACGGCGGGUCCAUCCUGGCGCGCGGCGCUGCUACGCGCCGCAUAUUUUUAGACCGUCAAUCAUCUUCUUCCAGGGGCUGCGCUUGGCGCUUCCAGCCUCCAGAUUUACUGUCUGAUUUAAUGAAACAUAUUUAUCACCCUAAUCUGCCCGACGUUUCCUGGGCGACGCCCGGUGGCGUUCCGUGGCAGCUGUCCGUGGGUGCUCCGCUGUCAUGGCGAUGCUGCAGGUUUCCAGCAGUGAGGGAUAGGUGCGGCUGUGAGGGCCCAGUGCAUGCGUGACUGCACAUCGAGAGGUGUUACUGCUAAACCUCCAUACCGGUUUUCCUUUUUCUUGUGAAAAAUGAGAUUAUAUAAUGCGUUAAGUAAGACCCUAAAAAUCUCUUGUCUGUAGCUGACGGUCAUGUUAACGGAGAACUCUGUGAUCUAGAGAAACCACUGCCUUAUUUUGAAGUUCACGAUUGAAGUAUCCCUGGUCAGUGUUCAGAACACGCAAGACUCUACAGGCAGUGCACAGCUUAAGCCAGUGUGAGUUCUUCCCCUGCCAAAGCAAUUUGUCCUCUUUAAAGGUGGAUUUUUCAUACAUUUUCAUUAUAAACGUGUCCAAUAAAUGGUGGACAUUGCAAGCUAUUUUGGGCCAGAUUAACCUCUGAAAUCCUUCCAGGCCCAGACCCUGGGAGGGUCUAAUAGUACUGAUGGUGUAAAGAUUUACAGGAGAGACUGAAGAGUCUCUUUCCAUGGAUGUAUUUAAAUUUUUUUCUCCUCAAGUUUUACUGUGGCUACAGAAUGAAGGAUGUACACAUUGUUAGUCAUUGCCAAAGGCUUUAAACCAAUUAUCAUUUCUGUGUAUAUGUUAAAUAGUCUGAUUAAUUAAUUUAUUUUGCUUUGUUUUCCCCAUUUUCUUUCAUCUUCAUCGGUCCUCCAGUAUUUCUUUAGCGGUGCUGUCGGAUAAAGCAAACAACCUUUUACACUAAAGUAAAUGCACCCUCACAAGAAGUGCCCCUCGUUAGUGAGCUGAAGAGACCAGACAGUCUUUAUUCAUUUCAUUUUAGAAAUGAAAGCAAUCAAAGCAUUUCUUUUUGAAUAACAUUUGCUUUUUUUUUUUUUUUUUUGCUUUUUUUUUGGGACAUUUUUGCUUUAAGUGAUCAUGGUAUAACUUGUGAUGAGAGAAAACUUGUGAAAUUUACUAGUGCUCAAAGGCUGUAAAACAGGACUGUAGCCUCCGUUUGUGUGUAUUAAAUAAGAACAGUGAUUUGAA